AUGUCCUUUUCCAAUCUCGACACCACCAACCCUCUAUACAUCACGCGCGAUCGAGCCCUGAGUGGCAGCACUGUGGCCCCUUCUAGCCCACACCUAGAAAUUUCCAAUAAAGUUGAAAGAUCCAAAAGCUGCUCUUCGACUGUCUUUUCCACCCAAGAACAAGAAGAUGCACUGCGGCCAGACCCUGGGUCAGAACCUGACUUUGACGUUCACAGCAAUCCAUUUGCAUUUUCUCCAGGUCAACUUAAUAAACUUCUAAAUCCCAAGUCCCUUGCAGCAUUCGCAGCGCUAGGUGGACUGCCUGGUUUGAUUCGAGGUCUUCAUACCGACCCGACCAUAGGUCUCAGCGCCAAUGAAACAACACUCCCUGGCCAAACUAACCAAGACGGGUCAGCAGCGAGCUCUUCGGAAAUUUUCUGUGAUCGUAUUCGUGUAUUCAAAAGAAACAUUCUUCCGGAAAAGAAGGCCAUUCCCCUAUGGAUACUCAUGUGGAUGGCCUAUAAUGACAAGGUAUUGCUUCUGCUGACCGCUGCGGCUGUUAUAUCUCUUGCGCUGGGUCUGUAUGAGACAUUUGGUACGUAUCACGAGCCCGGGUCUCCCAUGCCGGUUGAUUGGGUCGAGGGCUGUGCUAUCUGUAUUGCUAUUGUCAUUGUGGUUAUGGUAGGCUCUUUGAACGACUACCAAAAAGAAUGGGCCUUCGUCAAGCUGAAUGCGAAAAAGGAGGAUCGUGAGGUAAAGGUGAUUCGGUCAGGUAAAACUGUCAUUAUUUCCGUUCACGAUCUUCUGGUGGGUGAUAUUCUACAUCUGGAGCCUGGAGACCUCAUUCCAGCAGACGCUAUUUUCAUCGAUGGUCACAACAUUAAAUGCGAUGAAUCCUCCGCUACGGGCGAAUCGGACCAACUGAAAAAGACCGGGGCUGAACGAGUAAUGAGGCUACUGGAAAAUGGACACACCAAAUCACAAGACCUAGAUCCUUUCAUCAUUUCAGGUAGCAAAGUCCUUGAAGGAAUCGGAACAUGUCUGGUCACAUCUGUCGGCAUCAAUUCAAGCUAUGGCAAGAUCCUCAUGGCGAUGCGACAAGAUGCAGAACCCACGCCACUUCAAAAGAAACUCGACGGUCUGGCUUCAGCCAUUGCCAAGCUGGGUGCCAGUGCAGCCAUCUUGUUGUUUUUCGUUCUCCUUUUCCGAUUUCUCGGCACCCUAUCAAACAAUCACCGCACAGGGACCGAGAAAGGCUCCCAGUUUACGGAUAUCCUCAUUGUUGCCAUCACUGUCAUCGUCGUCGCUGUACCCGAAGGCUUACCGCUUGCCGUGACACUUGCCCUUGCAUUUGCAACUACUCGGAUGGUCAAGUUGAACAACUUAGUCCGUGUAUUGAAGUCAUGCGAGACGAUGGGCAACGCAACGACGGUGUGUUCCGAUAAAACCGGCACUUUGACCCAAAACCGGAUGACAGUGGUAACAGGAUUCUUUGGUGACGACAGCUUUGAUGACAAGAAUCAAACAGGGAAGGAACGCCAUUCCUCUAGUUUCGCGAACGACAUGAGCCAUGAACACAAGCGUCUGAUUAUUGAGUCAAUUGCAAUUAAUUCCACGGCAUUCGAAGGCGAAGAAGAUGGGGUCCCAGGAUUUAUCGGUUCCAAGACUGAGACGGCUCUAUUGGGUUUUGCCCGCGAUGUUCUCGGCAUGGGAACACUGUCGGAGGAACGUGCUAAUGCAACGGUUAUCCAAUUGAUGCCGUUUGACUCAGGGCGAAAAUGCAUGGGCGCUGCGAUGAAACUUCCCAACGGCAAAUAUCAAUUCCUCGUCAAAGGUGCCUCGGAGAUUCUCUUGGGUCACAGCUCUACGCUUUGGAAACCUGCUGGUUACGUCCCUCUCGAUCAGCAACAACGUCGUAUCUUGGAGGAGAUUAUUCUGGCUUACGCAAAGCAAUCUCUGCGCACGAUCUCUCUCGUCUCUCGUGAAUUCUCUGAGUGGCCUCCGCACGACGCUAUCAGUGCCGAGGAUUCCUCAUCAGCUGAUUUCAGUCUACUGCUACAAGAUAUGGUCUUCCUCGGUGUUGUUGGCAUCCAAGACCCAAUCCGUCCGGGAGUCCCCGCUGCGGUUGCCAAAUGCCACCACGCCGGGGUCACAGUUCGAAUGGUGACGGGUGAUAACAUGGUCACGGCCAAGGCUAUUGCAACAGACUGCGGUAUCUAUACUGGGGGAAUGGUUAUGGAAGGGCCAGAGUUCCGGUUAUUGUCUGAUCAGCAGUUUGAAGAGACCUUGCCUCGACUCCAGGUACUUGCACGAUCGUCUCCAGAGGAUAAACGGAUUCUAGUCACUAAACUACGCGAUAUGGGGGAAAUCGUGGCUGUCACCGGUGAUGGAACAAAUGAUGGGCCCGCACUCAAGGCUGCUAAUAUUGGGUUUUCGAUGGGUAUAUCCGGGACAGAAGUCGCCAAAGAAGCAUCUGCUAUCGUCCUGAUGGAUGACAACUUCACAUCUAUCCUCACUGCUUUGAUGUGGGGUCGGGCAGUCAACGAUGCAGUUCGAAAGUUUCUUCAGUUUCAGAUUACAGUCAACAUCACGGCCGUUCUCUUGACUUUCAUCUCAUCCGUUUCGGAUUCGGAAAUGCGAUCCGUUCUGACAGCUGUUCAGCUCCUUUGGAUCAAUCUAAUUAUGGACUCGCUGGCUGCGUUGGCUCUUGCCACAGACCCUCCAACCGAGCAAAUAUUGGACCGGAAGCCACCCAAGCGUGGUGCUCCUUUGAUCUCAGUCACGAUGUGGAAGAUGAUUAUCGGUCAGUCCAUCUUCCAGCUCACGGUGACUCUCAUUCUGUAUUUCGCCAAGGGACCAGGAUUUCUAGAUUACCCGGACGACGAAAGACGCUCGAUUGUCUUCAACACGUUCGUCUGGAUGCAGAUUUUCAACGAAUUCAACAACCGACGUCUAGAUAACCGGUUCAAUAUUUUUACAGGGCUACACCGCAACUGGUUCUUCAUCGGCAUCAACUGUAUCAUGGUUGGCUGUCAAAUUGUCAUUGCAUUCUUCGGCGGUACGGCCUUUAGUAUCGUGCCCAUCAAUGGGGUGCAAUGGGCAAUUUGCAUUGUUGUCGCAGCACUUUCUUUGCCCUGGGCUGUGUGUAUUCGCAUCUUCCCUGACGACUGGUUUGCAGCCGUUGCGAGAUUUUUGGGCAAGCCGGUAUUGUUUGUUUACCUCCCAUUAAAUUGGGGAGUGCAUCGGCUGGGGAGGGUAUUUCGUCGCAGAAAAGGUGUCAAAAUUGAGGGUCAGAAUGAUAAUUCGUCCCCCAAUAUUGAUGUCGAGAUUGGGAGCAAGUAA